UAAAUAUCCACAAAUGUUGUCUACAAUAUCUUGUUCCUUUUAUAAGGACAGUUCUUGUAGGCCUGUCGACUAGGGCUUGCAAUAAUACUAAUAACCGGAUAAUUCCAUACUAGUCGAACCCGGAUCGCAAGCUAUGCAGGCAAGCGGCGUUUCUUUGGAGUUUGUUCGGGUGAAACAAGAGCCUGUGUGGGAGCAGAGUGUGGACGAGCCCACAGGACCGAAGGAUGUUGUGUAUCUACCUGAACAGAUAAAAAUAGAAGUGGAAUUUGAAGAGGAGAAACCAGUGUGUGUAAAGGAGGAGCCUAUGUGUGAAACGAAACUAGAGGAGGGGCCGGCAGUGAAGCUUGAAGUGACUCCUGAGCUCUCCGGUUUAAACCAACCAGUUGUCAUCAAACAGGAGCUCCGCCCAGACUCAGUAGAACCACCGCCCUCCAGCCCUUCGCAUGAAUCACAAGUCGCGAACGACCUGCACACGGAGGACAGGGACCGACAAACCGGGAUCUACGUUUGCGACACCUGUGGAAACACGUACCAACAAAUACACUACCUAAUCCAGCACAUUCAGAGGAAAGCUUGCAGUCACGCUGCCGAGAAAUCCUACUCCUGCGACAUAUGUGGAAACAAAUUCGCAACCAGAUCUAGUUUGAACCAACAUAGACACACACACGCCAGUACGAAGCCGUAUUCGUGUGAAACUUGUGGGAAACAGUUUACUGUGUUAAGUUAUUUAAAAGCCCAUGAACGAAGGCAUAUAGGUGAAAAACCAUUCAGUUGCGAUAUAUGUCAAAAAGCUUUUGCGAAAGUGAGUGAUGUGGAAAAGCAUAAACGUAUCCACACAGGUGACAAGCCAUACUUUUGCGAGGAUUGUAACAAGAAAUUCGCGCAUUUGAGUGAUUUAAAUAAACAUAAACGAACUCAUACUGGUGAGAGGCCAUACUCAUGCGAUGUUUGUAAUAAGAAGUUUAAAAUUUCGACUCAUUUAAAUACACAUAAGCGAAUCCAUACCGGUAAGAAGCCGUAUUCCUGUGACUCGUGCAAUAAGCAGUUUUAUGAUGAGGCCUCUUUAAGUAUGCAUAAACGGGUUCACACUGGGGAAAAGCCAUUCUCGUGCGACAUAUGUGAAAAGGAAUUUACGCGCAACAGCAGCUUAAUUACUCAUAGACGAAUUCAUACUCAUGUGUUCUUUUGCGAAAUAUGUAAAAAGAAUUUCAAGCAAUUAGCUAAUUUAAAGAAACAUUCUAAGAGACAUACCCGAGAAAAUAAUACUAAAUUAAAGGGUAGAAAGAAGACAUCUCCUGAAGUUAUAGAGAUCCUAUAGAGAGCAUAAUUUACACCGACUUACAUGGAUUUCCGUAGUUAAGAAAGACCUAGAGAAUAAGAAUAUAGACCCAACGACGACCCGGAACAGAUGUAAUUGGAGAAAAUUGAUUAGGAGAGCCGACCCCAAAUAAAAAUGGUAUAAGGCCAGAAGAAGAAGAAGAUAGAGAGCUUAAUUGUAUUGUAUUGUAUUCGGGCGAUUUUCCGCAACUCGACGACUUGCGCCUAUUUUGCGUGAUAUGUUGGGGGUGGGCUAGUCCUGCCAGCCCAGCUCCUCAAGGAAUCCUAUCAAACCUAUAAUGUUGAGUAGGACCUCGGGGAGGUCUCUCGGAGAUCCGAGACGUUUAGCCCUGUAUGGAGUCACUCCGCUGCAUUCCAGCACCACGUGAGAGAGCAUAAUUGUAUUUAUUUGAGUAUUUCAUGUUGCGGCGGAAGGAUGAUAAGAUAAAGAUAAAGAGAUAUCCAUUACAGGGGCUCCCAGCGGUUUUCAUCGAUUUUUGUAAAUUUUUGAGUCGUUAUUCCUACAUUUGCACUACAGAUAGAAUUAUAAGACAAACGGCUAUCGGUUCUUAAAUCUUUUAUCUCCAUUCUGGUCUGCCGGAUUUUGAAAAAAAUGAAUACUUA